AUGAAGAAGGUUUUCGCACUGCUCGCCGCGGCCGGCGGCGUCAGCGGGCAGCAGGGCGUGUCGACCAUCAUCACGCAGUCGAUGUUCGAGACCAUGUGCAGCCACCGCAGCGAGGGCAGCUGCGAGGGCGCGUUCUACACCUACGACGCGUUCAUAAACGCCGCGAACAACUUCCCCGUCUUCGGCACCACCGGCGACGAGCAGACCCGCAGGCGGGAGCUCGCCGCUUUCUUUGGCCAAAUCCGUAUCGCAGUUUGUUGAUGUGGGGACGAUGGUAUCACCGACAGUAUAUGCUAGACGGAGCUUGUGCCACCUCAUGUGUGACCAGCCUGAUGCUGCCCUCCGUGAUGCGAUGCAAGCGCAAUGCGUGUACCCUGAUUGGCCAACAGCAUUCUACAUGCAAGCUGUUGCACUUUCAAAGCUAAAUAUGCAGAGUGAUGCUAUGGACCUGUUGAA